GAGAAUAGUGCAGAGGAUUUUUUGAUGCUAGAGAGUAACUCGCAUCGCGAGGAGCUCUUGAAAAGUGCUGUUGGAGAUGUACAAGCGACGGCAAGCGAGAUUGAAGACAUCUAUCCAUGUACACCCGUGCAGGAGAGUCUGAUGGCAUUGUCUAUCCAAAAGCCUGGUACCUAUGUUGCACGAUAUGUUUAUCGUAUUCCCGUUGGCGUUGACCUUGCGAGGUUCUGCAACGCCUGGGAGAUGACCGUUCGUGCUCACCCUAUAUUUCGCACAAGGAUUAUCGAGCGAGCCCCAUUGGGAAUGUUUCAGAUUGUUCUGAAAAGUGGCAUCAAACUGGAAACUGCACAGAGUGUUCGAGCGUAUCUCGCCAGCGACAUGGAAAAGAGCAUGCAAUUUGGCACACAACUGAUACGGGCCGGCAUCAGCGGAUUCUCACAGGAAGCCAGUAAUGCGUGGUUUGUUAUAACGAUCCACCAUGCUCUUUACGAUGACUGGGGACUGCGAGUAGUAUUGAAUGACUUGGAAAGGGCAUACCUUGGUAGCAACCUUCAAAUACGGCCCUUCAAAAGUUUCGUCCAGUACUGCCUGCGUGCUAGAGCCCCUGAGUCGGAAAAUUUCUGGCGGUUGGAGUUGGCAAACAUGAAUGCCACAAUCCCUUGGACAGUUCCUUCAGCGAGAUAUAUACCGUCAGCAACGAUGUUACUCGAGCGUGCGAUAAAGCACAAGAGUGGAGAUGACCAGAAUUUGACGUCCGCAAUGGUCAAAGCCGGGUGGUCCCUUGUUCUAUCGCAAUACACUGAUGCCACGGAGGUGUUGUUUGGUGUCACCUCUACGGGAAGGCAGGGACACAUACCUGGUCUUGAUGUUAUGUCUGGUGUGUCGAUUGCUACUACGCCCUUAAGGACCCAUGUUAGCCCUGACAUGACUGUGAAGGAUCUGGUGGGCAAAGUCUUUGACCAAGAACUUCGGCUGCUUCCUCAUGAGCACUUUGGUUUGAGCGCCAUUAGUCAUCUCAGUGCAGACACAGCGGCAGCCUGCAAAUUCACAUGUCUACUUGUAAUGCAGCCACAUGCGAUAAUCAAGUCGAGCAUCCUGCACGAAGUGACAGAAGAACAAGACCUUCAAAACCAUUCUACAUUUGGCACCUAUCCCCUGACUUUGGUUUGCAACCAGGCCGCUGACUUCAUCAAGGUCCAGGCUGUAUAUGACCAGCAUAUCAUACCUUCGACGCAGAUGAAUCUAAUAUUGGACCAGUUCGCGCACAUCAUGUCGGAGGUCACAGCAACCUCA